AUGGAACCUGUAGGAGCUUUUCCUGAAGGUGAGUGGGAUUGCUUCCGCAGAAUGUUUGCCAGUGAGGAGCAUGAUGAUUACACCCCACAAUUUCUUGCUCAAAGUCCACUUUUGCUAGGAGAACAUGGUGAUGAAUUUGAAACACAACCCACAUUUUGUUUUGCUCCUGAAGCUGGUGAAAAUGAGCGUAUGUUUUAUUCUUUAGAUGCUCAUAACUCAAAUUCGCAAUAUGUUUCUCAAGAAAGUAGUUACAGUAGCAAUUGUAGUGGUGACACUGUCUUCAUUGCCAAUCCGGGUCAUGCAAACUAUUAUUUUAGUUACCCUGAUCAUGUUCUAGAAAAUAAUAACUGUGCAUACUCCAUGGACUUUUGCAUGGAUGAGAAAAAUUUUGUCCCUUUUCUCCCUUCGCUUAGUAACAUUGAUGUAUUAGAAGAGAGUGUUAAGUUGAGUGAAGACGUGGGAAGUGAUCAGAGAUUAGAGAAUUCUGAUCACACUCAAAUGGAACCAAUUGUUUUUCCAACCAAGCAGCUGCAGCUCAAAAGGAAGCUUGAUGUGCCUGCUGAAGAUAAAAUGAACAACACACCUGAGAAUCACAAGAAAAAGCCUCGUGUUUCAAAAGAUGGGCAAGGAUGCAUGAAAAAUGCACGGUCCAAGAAGAACCAGAAACUUGCCAGCAAUGGGGAGGAAGCAGAAGAGAUUAAUGUAGGAUCAGAUGGACAAAGCUCUUGUAGUAACAUGUCAGAGGAUGAUAAUGCUUCUAUAGAAAAUAGUGGAGGAGCUACUUCAGGAUCUAAAUCUGCUUUAAACUCGAAUGGGAAGACAAGAGCCAGUAGGGGAUCAGCAACAGAUCCUCAAAGUCUAUAUGCAAGGAAAAGAAGAGAGAGAAUAAAUGAGCGACUAAGAAUCCUACAGAAUCUUGUCCCAAACGGAACAAAGGUUGAUAUAAGUACAAUGCUUGAAGAAGCAGUCAAUUAUGUGAAAUUUUUGCAGCUCCAGAUUAAGGUAUGUACACCGCUUCUAAGUUCCGAUGAUCUAUGGAUGUAUGCUCCACUUGCUUAUAAUGGCCUUGACAUUGGAAUCAAUCUCAACCUCAAGAAUUCUCCAUCAUUAUGA